UUCUCCUUCACCCCAUAAAAAGUUGCCACCGAAUAGCCUGCCACCCCACUCACACUCGCACUCGCCACCGUCAUUCUCGUAUUAUUUGUCUACAAAUCUUCGUUCACUGCAUCUCUCUUUUAUUUUUCUUCGCAUUUUCAGAUCAAUUUCUAACACCUUUUCUAAAUCAUACACCUUCAUCGCUAAUUGCUUUACCAAUUUGACUUCAAAUUCACUCAUGGCUGUUCUUGCUCUUCCUAUGCUGAUUCUCUUGGCCAUGGCUGGCUAUUCAAGGGCAGCUUAUUGUGUAUGCAACACUGGGUUAAGUGAUUCAGUGCUUCAGAAGAACAUAGAUUAUGCUUGUGCACAAGGAGCUGAUUGUGGUCAGAUCAGUCAAAAUGGUCCUUGUUUUAACCCAAAUACAGUGAAAGAUCAUUGUAAUUUUGCUGUUAAUAGUUAUUUUCAGAAAAAAGGCCAAACUGCAGAUAGCUGUAGCUUCUCAGGCACAGCCACCGUCACCUCAUCCGCCCCAUCUGGUGCAACUUCUGCUUGUUUUUCGGGAUCUGCAAGUUCUUCAACUCCGACAAACCCAACCAUAGCGCCACCUGGAACUGGAACUGGAACCGGGACUGGAACUGGAAUGGGUACUGGGAAUGGAACAGGAUCUGGGAUGGGGACUGGGACUGGUACAAGUACAGGUACAGGUAUGGGAACUACGAACCCAGCAUUUGGCGGAAUGGCUCCAUCAGGAACAAUCAACAAUGACAACUCUGCUGCAAUGACCAUCCAUCAAACCACAACAUGGUUCGGUGUAUCAACCCUUUUGAUUAUGGGUCUUGUAUGGUCGAGGAUAAUCUAAGGUUGAUAUGAAAUGUACCGAUGAUAUUUCACCAUGGUUGUUGCAAGCUUGAAACACCUACAGUUGUGUUCCAUUGAUUCCAUAGGAGUAGAUUCAACCUUUUGUGUAUCUAAAAGACAACUACUUUCUCUUUGUAAUUCAUCAGCAGUUCCUAUGUUUAAAUGGUUAGUAGUUGUAGUUUGGAUAACGUUCAACAUUCCAUUAGAAGGGUACAACGUUAUUGUCAUAAUAAUAUGUUUGGUAAUGUGCUAA